AUGCAUCGGCUGAUAAAAGAAGAAUCCAGCUACAGAACGAGCAGCCUUGAAAAUGCAACUCGAGAGCAGAGCAAAGAAAAGCUGCACAUGAAACUCUGCAGUGGGUCCUGCCAUGCUGAGCAAAUUCUCCAGACUCUGAAUUCCUACCGGCAGAGCGGCAUCUUCACAGACGUGGUGCUCUUGAUUGAUGGGCAGGAGUUCCCCUGCCAUCGGGCCACCUUGUCAGCCAACAGCACCUACUUCCGGGCCAUGUUCGGUGGUAGCCUCAAGGAAGGCCAUCAAGACAUCAUCAACAUCCAGAAGAUCUCUGCCUCCACCAUGAGCCUCCUCCUGGACUAUAUGUAUGGGGGAAACAUAGUCAUUCAGGAAGACAAUGUUGAAGAUAUCUUAGAGCUAUCCGACUUGCUUCAGAUCUCCAAGCUCACAGAUGCGUGUGUCACCUUCCUUGAAGGCCAGCUUCACCCAUGCAACUGCUUGGGCAUCCUGAAGUUCGCCAACUCAUUCUCUAUCACCUCCCUGGCUGAGAAGAGCAAGAGGUUUAUGCUAGAAGGCUUCGUGGAGGUGUCAUGUCAUGAGGAGUUCCUGGAGCUGAGCGUGAAGGAGCUGGUCAAGUAUCUGUCAGAUGAGCAGCUGGUAGUCCCCAAGGAGGAAGUGGUCUUCGAAGCGAUGAUGCGGUGGGUACGGCAUGAUGUUGUCACCAGGAAAGGAGCUUUGAAAGAUCUCCUUGAGCACGUGCGCCUCCCUCUGCUGGAUCCCAUGUACUUCCUGGAAAAGGUUGAAAUGGAUGAGCUCAUCCAGGACUCCAAGGAGUGCAUCCCUUUACUGCAUGAAGCACGGAAGUACUAUAUCCUUGGGAAUGAAGUCAGCUCUCUGCGGUCAAGACCUAGGAGGUUCAUGGAAUUAGCAGAGGUCAUAGUAGUUAUAGGCGGCUGUGAUAAGAAAGGCCUCUUGAAGCUCCCCUUCACUGAUAUGUACCACCCGAAGAGCAGGCACUGGACAGCACUCUCCAGCGUGCCAGGGUACACCAAAUCGGAGUUUGCAGCCUGCACCCUAAAGAAUGACGUGUAUAUAUCAGGAGGGCACAUCAACAGCAGCGAUGUUUGGGUGCUGAGCUCCCAGCUGAACGUCUGGAUCAAAGUUGCCUGUCUGCACAAGGGCAGAUGGAGACACAAAAUGGCGACUCUUCAGGGCAAGAUCUACGCGGUGGGGGGGUUUGACAGCUUUUACCGCCUGGCCAGCGUGGAAUGCUACGAUACGUUCUCCAACAGCUGGUCGGCUGUCGCCCCUUUGCUGGAAGCGGUGAGCUCGGCGGCUGUGGUCCCCUGUCUGAACAAGCUCUACGUGAUUGGGGGCGCUGUGGACGACAGCGCAAACACAGACAAGGUCCAGUGCUAUAAUCCUGAGGAGAACAAAUGGACAUUCCUGUCUCCCACCCCCUUCUAUCAGAGGUGCAUUAAUGCUGUCUCCUUGGACAACAUGAUAUACGUUGUGGGUGGACUCCUGAGUAAAAUCUUCUGCUACGAUCCCAGAAAAGACACCUGGAGAGAAGUGGCCACUCUCCCAGGACCUCUGGAGAGCUGUGGGGUGACGGUGUGCGGUGGGAAGAUCUACAUCCUGGGCGGCCGGGAUGAGAAUGGGGAAGGCACGGACAAAGCUUUCACCUUUGACCCAGCGACGGGGAACGUGGCGCAGCAGCCCCCGCUGCAACGCUGCACCAGUUACCACGGCUGCGUUACCGUUCUCCAGCGUGUGAGCAGAUGA